AGACUUCCGGACUAGAGGGGAAAUUCCAUAUAUAAUGAUUCCUCCCACGGUCCUCCAUACAUGUUGUGCUGUGUACGCAAUUUAAAUGUUGUUUUUUCUACGAUUUUCUGUGAGUUUGUAAUUAGCAACAAAUACGAAGAGUUUAGCUUCUGAAAAUGUUUGUCCAGAUCGCCCUGAUCCUGUUUGUGCUGUUUAUAUACUACAUUAGCUAUGAAUGGAGGGGUAAAAAGCGCAUAUAUGUUGAAGGACAAGGAGUUUUCAUCACAGGCUGUGAUACAGGUUUCGGCCAUGAGGUUGUGAAACUGCUGGAUAAGGUAGGCUUUACGGUGUUUGCUGGCUGUCUGAAUCCUGAGGGUGAGGGGGCAACUGCUCUGAAGACAAAUUGUUCGGAAAACGUUCACAUAGUGAAGCUAGAUGUCACACAAUCACAAGAUAUUCGCCAGGCGAGAGCUUAUGUGGAUAAAAUACACGAGGAGACCGGAUGCGGUUUGUGGGGAGUGGUGAACAACGCCGGGAUAGACCUGUAUGGCGAUGUCGAAUUACUGACCAUGUCCAUGUACAGACGUGUGGCCGACGUCAAUCUCUUUGGAAUGAUGGAAGUCACGAAAACGUUCUUACCUCUGUUAAGAAAAUCAAAAGGUAGACUUGUAAAUGUUACUAGUGUUAAAGGAAGGAUUUACUUUCCUUGUACGUCAGCAUAUGGAAUCACUAAACAUGGCAUCGAGACGUUUUCGGAUAGUCUACGUGUAGAGAUGGCGAGGUUCGGAGUGAAGGUGUCCCUUGUAGAACCUGGUGACUUCAGCACCUGUACAGCUAUUGUCAAAGGGGAAAAUUACAAAAGGUUGCUGAAGGACAGAGAUGACAUGUGGGAAGCUGCAGACCCAGAAGUGAAGGAGACUUAUGGGAAGAAUUAUCUCUUUGCACAAUAUGAAAGACUUGCCCAUAUAACAUCAUCGUAUUAUAGCUGUGAUCCGGUAUCGGACGCAAUAGAAGACGCUCUGGUUAACGAGAAUCCGGCCGCUAGAUAUCUAGUGGCCGGAGGGUCGGGUGCCUACGAUGAUUGUAUGUUGGCGAGAAUAAUUAAUUUUGUUCCCACCUGUGUGAUGGACUAUAUAUCGUUGAGAUGGGCAACAAAAGGCUAUCCAAGUAUUAAAGCAUUGGAAAGGAGCUAAGCUUGAUGAAUAUAUAUAUAUAAGAAUCUCUGUAUGCAUAAUAAAAUCACUUUUGCAUAAUAAAA